CAUCACCACCGUCAACCCCGCUCCCCCGCCGUCCACAUCUGCUCGAGGCAUCUCAAUUGGCACAUGAUGCCUCCGCAAUUCGCUCUCUAAUUUCUCAACCCACACACACAACAUGCCUCCGCACCUCCACCCGCGGUCGCGCAUGACAACUUCGCUCUUCGGAACGACGCUCAUGGUCUCAUUUCUCGUCGUCGCUGCUCCCCACUUGAUACCCUGCCCGGUCGACCCUCGCACACUCGCCGAUUCCGCAGACCCCACAGCAGAGAACAGGAGGAGACGGCGGCGGAGAGUGCCGGAAGACGAGAGUUGCAAUGGAGUCAUGAGUGAGGAGCGGAGGAGGCAGCGCCUGAUCGAGGAGAAAUUGGCGGCGAAGAGGGAAUGCCCAGUGCCCAAGCCUGGUGGUCUGAUUGGGCAGGUGCUGGGUGUACAAGACGACGAGGGCAAAGAAGAGCAACAACUGACCAUCUUGCAACGAGUCGAGAAGAUGGUGUGCAAACCCCGGGGGAAGAACGACAAUCAAUAACAGGAGGCUUGGGAGAAGAUUUAACUAACAAACGUAUCACGGCUGCAUGCGCCCACACACGUGGGAAACGACAGCCACGCCAGUACGACCACCGCACCCAUCCACCUGUAAAUAUACCGCGAUAUUAGAAAGGGCUGCAUUAGACUGUAUAUAAGUAGGACCCGGUCCUGAUCGAACAACCCAGCAUCCACU